GUAGGCUCGGUCCUGCUUUUUAAUUAUCAUAUCUGAACCAUACAUUUAACUAUCUACACGUUCCCUUCGACAAAUAUUACUUACCAAUAUGCAUUUCCCUUGGAAAGAGAAGGGGGACUUUCCUUCUGUACCCCCAUCACUCAACGCCAAUGGUCAGAAUGCAUUUGAAUUUUCAUCGAUCCAUAAGCAGGGUGGCUCAGACCAUAUCACCCUGACUCAACCCCAGUCUGAAAAAGAUAUUACACCAUAUCUUGGUUUACGUUCGAGGUUAUCUCAGGUCUGGUUGAACAAAUGGACUAUCCUUAUCCUCUUGGUGCUGCUACACUUCCUACUCACUGUUGGAAGUCUUAAGGAAAACCUGGACGAAGCCCAGACGAAGGCUCUGUCCGCCUGUAGCAAGGUCGAAGAUGUGGGCAGCGCGUUUGCUUCCAUGCCACACUAUCUUUCUGUUGGGGUCAACCAACUGACUGCCUCGAGCAUCACCAACGCGGUCCAGGCCCUCAUGUCCGUUGUCAACAUGAUCCUGACUGGCAUCGAGCAGUUGAUCCUCUUCGUCAUUGGCAUGAUGACGGAUACCUACGUUUGUCUAAUUUCCAUGGUCGUUCACGGCGGUCUCAACGCAUCAGCCAUCGCCGUGGAGAAAACGACCGAUGCCAUAAAUAAAGUUAUCGACGGUGUUGCUGACGGCAUCGCCUCCAGCGCAGAUGAUAUACAAAAGGUUAUCGAUACUGUAUACGAUGUCGCUAAUAAGGCUGGUGAUGUUUUAAAUGAUGCCAAGGACGGCGCCGGCGAUGUCAUUGGAGACAUUGGCGACAUCUUCAGCCGCAGUAACGAACUUGCGCUGUACCAGAGAGGUAUUCUGCCCGAUAAGCCAGAUCUCGAGAAAGCCAUCGUCGACAAGAUGAAGGAACUCAAAGACGUCAACGUUGACAGCAGCGGGUUCGUUCAAGGGAUCAACGAGCUCAACAAAAAGCUUCCCGAUUUCGACGAGGUCAAGAACUUGACGAGGCAAGCUGUCGCUAUUCCCUUCGACUUGAUCCGAAAGGAACUCGAUAAGGCAUACGGAGACUGGAAAUUCGACGACUCCGUUUUCCCAGUGGCUCAGAAAGAGGCUCUGUCAUUCUGUUCCGACAACGAUGGUCUUACCAAAUUCUUCGAGAAAUUAUUCUUGAUCACGUACAGAGCGAAGAUCGCGGCAAUCGUGAUACUCGCUAUUCUCGCCGUUGCCGUCUGCGUCCCGAUAUACAUCAUGGAGAAGCGCCGCUGGCGUAGACAGCAAGAGUUCGCUACCCGUGCCGUCGAUAUCUUCGAUUACGGCUACAUGUACUCGUCUCCCCUCGCAGCCCGCACCGGCAUGGCGAUCUCCAACAAGAUCGGCGGAUCGAGCAACCCGCGCAAGAUCAUGACGCGCUGGUUCGUGGCUUACUCGACGUCUCUCCCGGCUCUCUUCGUGCUCUCCCUGGCCCUGGCAGGCUUCUUCUCCUGCGCCUGGCAAGGCAUCCUGCUCCGCACCAUCGAAAACGAAGUCCCGGCCCUCAGCCAGCAGGUCGGCGACUUCGCAGAAGACGUCGUCAAGUCCCUCAGCGACGUCUCGCAGAAGUGGUCCGACGACGCGAACGGGGUGAUCCUGGGCUUCAGCAGCGACAUCAACGACGACAUCCUCGGCAAGGUGACGAACGCGACGUCCGCGGUCAACGACACCCUGAACACGUUCCUGCACGAGAUCGACACGGGGAUCAACACCGUCUUCGGGCAGACGUUGUUCAAGGACCUCGCCAAGGAGGUCGUCCGGUGUCUCCUCGGGCUCAAGAUCGAGUCCGUGCAGAAGGGGCUGACGUGGGUCCACGACCACGCGCACGUCGACUUCCCGCUGUUCCCGAAUAACAUCUUCAGCGUGGGCGCGAGCGACUCUAUCCACGGCGACUCGGACCUCACCACGUUCCUCGCGUCGCCGAGCAGCGUCACCACGGACGAGAUCACGGGCGCCGUCGAGCACGUCACCAAUUGGCUGCGCAACCAGAUCAUCCAGCAGGCGCUCAUAUCGGCGGGGUUAUUGCUGAUAUACGUCCUCGUCGUGGUCCUGGCCGUCAUGCGCGCCAUGUAUGUCCUGAUGACGCCGUCGAAGCAUACUUUCUCUGACGCGCCGCCGCCGCCGCCCGUGGUCAUGGAAGAGCAGCGGUCUAGUGGUGAAUCGUCCGGCUUCGACGCCUUCCAGGGACAGGCCAAACCUUACCCGCCUGGCUACAGGUAGCGAGCGUAUAGUUGCUUCCUCCAGCCACGGCGCCUGUGUAAUUAACUUGCGUAGCUGGCGGACGGGACACGGAGGAGCAAACAAUGUAUAGAUCCUCGGGACCGGUUUCUGGGGUGUAUAAGCAACUAGCAUUUAUCGAGCACGGCGCAACGGCCUUGGACAUACCCCUUCACUUGCUAUUUACAUCUUCAUUCCACCUUUUUAUUUUAUUUUUCUUCUCCUCCUUUUCUACUUAUUCGUCGAUAGAGAACGGC